AUGCGAGGAACUACCCUUCUGAAUGGUUGGCUUACCGCCAUGCUAGGCGCUGGCCUGGCUUCGGCUGCCGUCAAGGACCCUGCCAAAGACGCCACUCCUUCUCAUAAGGAGUUUGCUCUAUUUAAGAGCGCGAACAUGGCUGGUGCGGACAAGCUUUCCACUGGCAUCGGGUUCCAUUCUUUCCGGAUUCCCGCAGUUGUGACAACCACUACGGGCCGUAUCCUUGCCUUUGCCGAAGGUCGACGUCACGACAACCGAGACUUUGGUGACAUUAAUCUCGUCUUCAAACGCACCAAGGCGGCCAACAACCACGGUUCCAGCCCAAGUGACUGGGAGGGUCUGCAAGAAGUUGUCGGCAAAGGUGACGGUACCUGGGGUAAUCCGACACCAGUCGUUGACGGCAAGACCAUCUACCUCUUCCUGAGCUGGAACGGCGGCGCUUACAGCCAGAACGGCAAUGACAAGCUCCCCAAUGGAAAAGUCACCAAGAAGAUUGACAAGACUUGGGAGGGAAGACGCCACCUCUAUCUUACACAGAGCACCGACGACGGCAAAACCUGGUCCGAACCUAAGGACAUGACCAAACAACUUACGCCUGAAAACUGGGCUUGGGACGCCGUUGGCCCAGGCAACGGUAUUGUCAUGGCCUCUGGUGAAGUCGUUAUUCCCGCUAUGGGAAGAAACAUUAUUGGACGAGGUGAGCCUGGUAAGCGAACAUGGACUUACCAGAGCCUCAAGGGAGCUGGUGCCGAAGGAACCGUGGCCCAAACCCCCGACGGCAAGCUCUAUCGCAACGACCGUGCCGGCAAAGACGACGAUUACCGAAAGGUUGCUCGAGGAACACUCACCUCCUUCGGCUCCUUUGCUCUUGACAAGGGUCUCCCUGACCCUGCUUGUGAAGCUGCAACUCUUCUGUACAACCGUGCUGACGCCAAGGGUCCUGCACGCGUUGUGUUCCUCAACUCGGCCGAUAAGAACUCUCGACGAGCGAUGCGUGUUAGAAUCAGCUACGACAGCAAUGCCAACAAGUAUAACUACGGCCGCAAGCUUAGUGAUGCUCCGGUUUCUGGAGCUGGACACGAGGGUGGGUAUUCUAGCUUGACAAAGACGGCUGACUUUAAUGUUGGGGCGCUUGUUGAGACGGACUUUUAUCAGACUGGUGGCUCUAAGAAUGAUUAUCGUGCUAUUGUGUGGAGGAAGUUCAACUUGAGCUGGAUUUUGCACGGGCCGAAUAACUAG